AAAACGCAUUGAAAGUGCGGCUACAAUUUAUAGCAACUUUCCAAUUCAUAGCAAAUUUCAACUGGAAUCCACAAUUGCUAUGUGCGUAAAUUAAGUAAAAACUAUCAAAGUGAAACUCGCUAAACUGGAUGGCGUUGUGUGGUGAGCGAUUGAUGCUUGCUUUUUUCAUCUCUCUUCUCGUAUCCACACUUCAGUUUAAUGGAUUGCCGUUACUAUCUGCAAGAAUAAAAAGAACAAUUUUAAAUCGAGAAAAUGUGAAAGCAUUACAACUUCAAACUAUGCUGAAAAGUCUUGACAAAAAUACACAUUCAGAAACGGUUAAGCCGGCUACCGUAAAACGAGAAGCAAAAGGACACAUUGGAGACGAUAAACAUUUGACUCGACUUUUUGGAGAGCAUAUUCCGUGGGAUAUCGUGCGAAGACAAGUUCCCUUUGAUGCACUUAUCACACGAAACAAAGCACGGGUUGAAAAUAAAAACUUACAGUCUGAAGCGUACUUCAAUAAGAAGAACUCCUCUCCGUGCCGUCGGAAACGAGACACAUCGCAUGUGAGUGCUUUUAAACGAAACGUUAAUACACCUGUGGGAGAGGGUAUUGUACCAGCUUAUAAUAUGUAUGAUGAACUAUGUGAAGACUCGCAACCAGUCGAAGUUGUAAAAAUCAAAAAGUUAGUUGUUGAAGACGGUGUCAUACGAGAUCAAAAUAUAAUUGAGAAGGCGAUGUUUGCCUAAUAUACAUAUUUAAGAUAGCUUUUUUUUUGCACCUUGUCGCGUAACGCAACCCUAACUGAUUUUGCAAUGUUUAACCAAUUUACAAUAUCCUGCUGUGUUUUUACUUUGGUAAAUUUUAUGCUUUCCUAGUUUCUAAUUGCUUCACUGCUACUCAAUUAAAAUCACCAAACUUAAACAUCAA